CGGGCGGCGUGCGGUGCGGCCUUGCUUCUGCUGGCGCUGGCUGCGACCGUUGCAGCGGAGCCCAAAUUAGUGGAAAUUUUGGAGCAGGAGAACGAUCCCUAUACUGGUGGUGAAGACUGGAAAUGGGGUUUCGUGUCGCAGGACGGCACGGCGCGGCGCGAGCGCGGCAGGGUGUUGGAGGACGGCUCCAUCGAGGUGGAGGGCGCCUGGCGCUACAAAGACCCCAACGGCCAGCUCCACGAGGUGGCGUACACGGCGGGCAAGAACGGCUACCGCCAGAUGUCGCCGCGCCGCAUCUGUGAGGACCGGCCCGGCGACGAGCUCUGCCUCGAGUCCAUCCAGCUGCUGACCGGCCGCCGCCGCCGCCGACGCAAAAUCUUCAUCCGCGUGCUGCUCUAGCCACUCGACCACCGACUGGCUUCACGCAGCUCUGCCAACCUGUCUCCCAAACCCCACUAAGCAAAAAGCAAAAAUAAACUUCCAUUCCUUUACUCUCGAAAAUAUUUUCAAUAUUUAAAUAAAAAGUGUCUAACAAGACGCA